GAUGGACUCUCUGCUGCAGAACUACAACAGCGACGACGAUCAAGAAGAUUCAUUGGAAAAAACACCGGAACGGUCGACCCUUCCUUUAGGAAUCCCAACCGUCAGCUACCGCAUCAAACAACAAAGCUCAGGAUGGCGCUGAACACAGAAAACGCAAACUGGCACCAGACGAUAAUGAUAAGGCCAAAAAAUCAAAUUCGCAUGGAAAGGAAUUCGAGGCUACUCUGAGCAAGAGACACCUUAAAGACGAAUUCGCCAGAGAUAAACCCACCAAGAAGCCUGCAAAAAAGAACAUUUUUAUUAUGAUAAAUUCAUACCAAGUGAAAUGUGUGCCAAAAAGAAACACAACACCUGGCUGACCGCAAAAGCAGCGUAAUGUGCUCCGUGCAACACAUCCCUAUCGGCGGAGCGGCGAUUCCGGUCCAGCGAGGAAAUACUGUUGAGCCGUUUGCAACACCCUCCCUUGAGUAAUCAAUGAAGCAAACUCGUUCUUCGUCAUCUUCAUCCGAUGACAGUGGGUCAUCGUCAUCUUCCUCGUCGUCGUCUUCUUCCGGUUCUGGCUCCAGCAGCGAUAGUAGCAGCAGCACCAGUAGUAGCAGUAGCAGCAGUGGUGAUCGUAAAUCCCGUAAGAAAACGGUGAAUCCUCCAAUGACGGAAGCUGCUUCGUCUUCGCAUUGUGCCACCAACGCCGCUGACAAACCAAACACCUCGUCUUCAACAUCUACGUCAACAAAACAUAAUUCUCGCAAGGUAACGAAAAUGCCUUCACCGCCACCAUCCGAUAGACGAUCCCCUUCAGGAAGUGGUAAAAAGCGGAGCGUGAAACAAGAGAGCACUGGGAAACCAAACAAUCCGUCUACGGAAAAGAGGAGAACAGAACCAGCAGAACGGGUGAAACACCGAGAUCGGAGCAAUUCCCGCGAUCGCUAUGACAGCAAACGACACGACAAGGGGAAAGAUCGGCGCGAUCGGGAUGAUCGCGACAGAGAGCGAUCGUCAAAACAUCACCGCGAGCAAGAAGAGAGUCGAGAUAAAGAUCGAAGAGCGGACCGGUAUAGCAGCCGUGGUAGUAAUGACAAACGCGACAAACGUGACAAAUACGACCGCUACGACAGAAAGGAUCGCGAUCGCAGCAGGGAUCGAAAAGACAAAAGGGAGAAUGAUAGGGAACAUCGCUACAGAAGAUCCUCAUCUCGUGAUAGAAAAAGACGAUCGAGUAUUGAAAAGGGAAGAAGAAGAUCACGUUCCAGAAGUAAAUCUCCGGUGAAGAGUCACUUCUCAUCGAUUAAAACCAUGCCGCAAAACGAGCAACCUCCCCUAUCAGUAGCUGGAAUUCCUCCAAACGUGAUCCCGAUGCCGGCAAAGCCAGCUUUCAUACCUCCGCUUAUGGGUAUCAACGUUGGUCCUAUCGAUCUACCACAGAGGCCAAGUACGAAUAGUGAGCUGCCGAUUGAUUCAACGGCAACUCUCUCCCGUAGCUCUUUGAUUCGCAGCAACGUAAAAGCAGCUCAGCUAGAAAAAAUGGGCAUCGAUGUGCUACAACAGAGCAAGAAGGCAACCGAGUCCGUACCGUUGCCAUCAUACUACAAUCCAGGCGUUGUAAAUCCGGUUCGAUAUGCCGAUCAAGUACAAAAACGAAAGUUACUCUGGAGCCAUAAGUCGGCAGAAAGCAAAGAUGUUUCAUCUAAUAUUAGUAAAUGGGAACAGGCUAAGUUCUCCCAGGACAAAGACGGUAAGAUGGCUUCCAAAUUUUUGCGUCUUAUGGGCGUGAAAGACGGCCAGAAGUCGGAAGGAAGUGCUGCGAAACCUGGUAGCAGUUCCGGAGACAGUAUCAACAGACAAGAGGAACUUUUCUCAACAAUGGAGCAGCAGUAUGAAGUCGCUCGACAAGUGACCCACACCAUGCGUGGUGUAGGGCUUGGUUUUAGUUCUCAGCCACGUACCUUCUAAUCUGUCCCAUAGUUACAGCACGUAUAAAACACCUCUCACACAAGCAGGAUGUAGUGUACCAAAUUAUUCUAUGCUUAACACACAUACACAUUUAUCUAAACAGUGUUUUGUCGAAAUCUCGAGCUGCAGAUGGAUGAUGGAUUGCGAUUAGACUUGAGCGGCGCUAUGUAAUGCUAGAAAGAGAUUCAUAGGCUUUUUAAAGAUACACCGAUCACAGUUCGGCUUCUAUGCCCAGCAUAGUCUAUCCAACCUUGUGAAUCUUUGUUUGUUUCAUUUGCAAUAUAUAACAGGAUUGAAAUAUGUCAUAAUAGCAUUCGUCAUGAAACAUUGUACUGAGGAUCACUUACGGUGAGUGUAAUGAUCAAGAAUAAUAAAUUGAAUGGAAUUACA